GUGUGUCAGUGGUUCACCAGCAUGUAUCUCAAAUCGGUACUGGUGUGAUGCUCUAAUGGACUGUGAAGACGGUUCUGAUGAAGAAGGUGAUGACUGUGUAACCAAACAUGAGGAUGACUGCAAAUCUUCGUAUUUUAACAAAGACUUAGAGUUCUUCCAGUGUACCGACAACAAGAUGUGUUUAGACAAAUGCCGUAGAUGUGAUGGAGUUUGUGACUGCUUGGAUGAAAGUGAUGAGAAAGAUUGUGACCCCAAUGAUAUGAAUUCAGAACCAUGUGACCAACAAGCUGUAGUUAAUAAGUGUCCAAAUGGCCCAUAAAUGACAACAAUCCUGAAUGACAGGGACUUAACAAACUCAUAUGUAUAAAAUUAAUAUGUAAUUAACCACUGUAUCAUGUUAAUAAAAAUCAUAGUUUUUGUGAUAACCACAGUUA